AUUUUAAGAUGUGCACCUGCUUCCCACUCUCAGAUGUCAAAAAGUAACUGGAACACUGCAAGAUUCUGCAGUGAUAGGGUAUCAACAGACUGUUCAACAAUCACUUGAUAGCCAACUUACCCACUUCUGAGGACAACCACCUCCUUUUGCAAAUGAACACCAUCAGAUCUGACGUACCCUGCGUGAAAGAACUGGAAUGUCGUAUUGACAGCUGCAGGAUGAAAUUAAAUGCACUAGAUGAAGUGUGGCCCAAUAUUUAUAUAGGUAACAUGGUCGUGGCACACCACAAGGAGGAGCUGAGGCAACGUGGCAUCACCCACAUACUGAACGCAGCACAUAAUGCUUGGGGGAGCAAAGGAAACCAGACCUUCUAUGGCUCAGAAAUCUCUUACCUUGGCAUAGCAGCAGAGGACUCCAUAGAUUUUGACCUCCGUGUCUAUUCCCAUCAGGCCUCAGAAUACAUCCACAAAGCACUAAAAGCCCCAGAAGGAGAGAUCCUAGUUCAUUGCGUUCUAGGCCAAAGCAGAUCAGCAGCUUUAGUUCUGGCUUGUAUGAUGAUUUAUCAGAACUUGUCUCUGGCUGAUGCUGUUGAAAAGGUUCUGCGGCAUCGAGCGGCUUCUCCAAAUCGAGGAUUCCUAAAACAGCUUCAAGAUCUGGACCUGGAACUGCGGCACAAGAAAACCCAGUGUCAACUUUUGUGAUGUGAAGAAAGGGAGAAAACUAAAUGGUCUUUUGAUAAGAUAUUUUUUAAAGGUUCUUGCACUUAUCAACACCUCCACUUUUGCUUGAGCAGAAUUUGGAAAGCUUCUAUUUCCACACACAGGAGAGCCCAAGGAGAGCUCCAGAGAUCCACCGAACACUCUCCUCUGACCCACCCUACUAUCCGGACAGCAGCUACACCGGUACCUGUGGGGAGGGCCCAGGCAGG